AUGGCGUCUCGUAUUAACGCAAGUCGAACAAAGCAUAGAAAUUCUUACUUGUAUCAAGGUUUGUCAAAUGUUCGUAUCUCACAGUGUAAUAGAACAGUCGGCGAAGCAAGGCAAGUACUAUUAGGAAAGAAAUCACGAUCUAUUUCAUCGUCUAAAGUCAGUUCUUACUUCUCCCUCAUAUGUUUACUCGAUGAACUAGAAGUUCGGGUUUGUAUGCCAUUCCACGCCGCAUUCGACGAAUAUGCAGCGAAAGUUCCUAGCAUUUAUAACAGCACAAAUAUCAAAAGUGCACACAUCCAGUUCAGAGAUCUCGUUCUGCAGAAAGAUGGGCUGCCAGUGAUUAUUAUUGAGGCCGGAAGUUCCAUGCAUGUUAUGUUAAUGCAGAAACCAGUUGACAACAUACAGUUGUGCAAAGGGGUCAAUACUGUUAUAGAGGAAAGCAAGAGCAGUGAGGAUUUGUCAAAACACUCACGUCUGAUGCUUUUGGCAUCAUUAUUUCCAGCAUUCAAGAAAUUAUUAAGCUCAGCAAUGGAUCUAGCUGUUGUUUAUUGUAUUUUGAGCUUUCUGAUGUCUAGAACUAACAUGAAUCUGAUAUUGAAGUCAAAUGAGAGCUUUUCAAGACAAUUGUGUACAGAAACUCUGCAAUUAGCACGACAAGCAGAAAGUAAAGAAGUGGAAGCAGAGGAGAUGGCUGAUAGUAAUGUGCAGGAACUGGUUCAAAGACUUGCUAGUGAUAUUGAGACGAGUCAAGAACGCAUACAAUGCAAACGAAAGAGAUGUAACCAAGAUGAAGUUGGUGACUUGGAAUUUGACAUAGAAAAUAAGCGUCAGCGACUGCAAAAGCUGAGAACAAGUGCUGUGCAGGUACAACAAAAAAAGAGAAAGAAGCGUUAUUAUUUCAACCGUUGGAAGUCUGGACUGAGGCGACAGCUAGGCAAAGGGAAAAACCGCACAAGGAUUGACAGAAGUGCAGAAACAACAGUGCAUAGCGUGUUGUAUGAGACACUGAAAGUACACGAUAGGCGCUGGGGUGAUGAAGGGACAGGGUAUAUUGAAGGAAAGAGAAUCCAAGGCAAAGAGCUACGGCGAAUUGCGAACAAGCAUCUGAAAAGUAAAGGAUUGCCAAUGAUUAAAAGUUUAGAGACAGUGAGGUCAUGGGGAAAACCAAGAAAUAAAAGAUCAAAGCAAGCCAAGCAACAUCGGGGCAGAGGAUUGUGGAAAUGCAAGAGAUCUGAAAAGAAAAGGUCAGAACAACAUGUAUAUAUUCAUUAUAAUCGAGCACAUGUUAAGAAUUACACAAGGUUAUUAUUCAAGAAUGGUUCACUAUUUAAGAAAUUUGCAGUUCGUAGGGCAAUUGAUGAUAAGGCCUACUUGAGGUGUGGCACUUCUGAAGGCUUCAGCAGACCACUCCAUACUCCUGUUCAGCUCUCUGGAUAA